CCAAAAUGUAGAUAAAUGAGCAAAAUCUGAGCAUAUAUUAGAAUAAUCCAAUAAGACAAUUUGUUGGAAAAAUUUCACCCCUACUUGCUAAAAUAAAAUUAAUAACACGAGUGUCAUGUUGCCUAUACAAUAAUACUCAUCCCAAUUAUUUCCAUUAAUUAAUUAAUAAGCAGUACUACUCACACACUUCAAAACCCGAUCAAAUCCAGCUAGCUCCACCGAUUUUGAUUUGACAUCUCCACAAAAAUCAAUGGCGACGAAUCCAUGUUUCGGGACGACGAAUCAGCCCCCGAACUGCGACCGCUACAUCACAGUCCUCAGCAUAGAUGGUGGGGGCAUAAAAGGAAUUCUGCCCGCGGUCAUCCUCGACUUCCUUGAAUCCCAGCUUCAGGAGCUUGACGGGGAGAAUGCGAGACUUGCUGACUAUUUUGACGUGGUAGCUGGGACGAGCACAGGUGGCCUUGUCACGGCAAUGAUAACCUCACCCGACCAAAACAAUCGCCCGCUUUACGCUGCAAAGGACAUAACUCCAUUUUAUUUAGAAAACUGCCCCAAGAUUUUCCCCCAGAAGCUGUCAUUUAUUCCGUUUUGGAAAUCGGUGAGGUCUUUGCUUGGACCAUUGUAUGAUGGGGCCCACCUUCACAGCGUCUUGCGAGAAAAACUAAAGGGCGUAAAGCUGAGCCAGUCCAUUACAAACGUCAUAAUUCCAGCUUUUGACAUAAAGCAAUUGCAGCCUGUUGUUUUCUCAACACUUGAGGCCAAAAAGUCCCCUUUGUUAGACGCGAGACUUUCAGACAUAUGCAUAAGUACCUCAGCGGCUCCGACAUUUCUUCCGGGCCACGAAUUUGUAACCCGUGACCAACACGGGAAUGUUCGAGAGUACAACCUCAUAGAUGGCGGCGUGGCCGCAAAUAAUCCAACACUGAUUGCAAUAAACGAAGUAAUAAAACAAAUGUUCGGCAGCAGGGUUGACUAUUUCCGAAUGCCACCUGUAGAUUAUCCUAGUCUGCUGACAUUAUCAAUAGGCACGGGUAUUGCAAGAUUAGAGGAAAAAUAUGAUGCUAAAUUAGUGGCAAAAUGGGGAAUUAUGGAUUGGCUUCUGUACGGGGGCACAACUCCUUUGCUUGAAAUAUUCAAUCAAGCUAGUGCAGAUAUGGUUGAUUAUCACACCUCCUUGUUAUUCCAGUCUCUUCAAUCUCAAGACAAUUAUCUCAGGAUACAGGAUGAUAACCUGACCGGGAUUGAGAAUUCAGUGGAUGUUGCGACAAUGGAUAACUUAGAGAGGCUGGUGACAUUAGGAAAGAGGCUGCUGAGGGGCCCACUUUCGAGGGUCAAUUUGGACACUGGGUUGACUCAGCCUGUCCAAGACGGGGGCACAAAUGAGGAUGCACUUAUAAGGUUUGCUCGUUUGUUGUCAACCGAAAGAAGAUGCCGACAGUCCAAGCGUCUGGAAAGCCUUAGAGCUGUUUCGCGGUUAAGGAUUAGCCCUGUCCGGAAUAAUAGGCUUCAAAUUGAGUCGAUGGACGUCAGUCAGAGUAUCAAAUGUUAUCGGCCCAUUUUUUCAGUCAACCAUUUUAAGCUCCCAGUUAAAGUGUUUUCAUGAUCAUAAAUGUGCAUACCUAAUAUAUUGUCGAUCGUCCCUUGUUUAUUUUGAAAACAAAGCAUAUGUUAUUACUUUUAUUGAAUGUAAUAACACUCGCCAAUUAUACAAGAGUGGAGAAAAUGAAUGUGGUAUUUUGAAUACAAUGGAAGUUAUGUGAAAAUUAAAAGGUAAGAAGAUGUACG